GGGGUCUGAGGGUUUGGCGGAGGGGCAUGUCCGAGUUUGCGUUGGUCCCAGGUGGACCAGUAAUGGGGGAGGGUUUAGGGCCAGAGUCCAGGGCGUCGCCGAGACCCUGAGAUUUGAAGAUAGGUUGGGGGCACGCCCAUUAACCAAGUUUCUGGGGAUGAGGACUGUGACCUGGGUUCAAACCCCGGGUUAGGGUCGUUGAUUUAGUCUCAUUUGAUCUUGCCGUGAAACGGGACUGUUUCCCUUUCCUUCUCCCAGGUUUUGUCUUCGUUCUGGAGGAGAGGGUGUGUGUCAUGCUCUUCUCUCAGUUUGGCGUUCAGGAGGGUCCUCUGAUGAGCUAAUAGGGUAGCACCGUGUCCUCCAGGGAGGGUGGAAGACCGCGCUUCUCUCCAGUGGAGCGUACUGUGAGAUGCGUCCUUGUCACCUGGAAAGAAUGGAUUGGCUUGUGGAUUGAAGUCCAAGGUGUGGUCAGCAGCAGUCUCUUCAAAUGGGGACGCAGGGCAAGGAGGAACUUAGUGGAAGUAGGUUCUGGCUCUCCAGUCUUUGGCCACAACCAGUUUAGUGCCAGAUUAUCACCGUGGUCAUCAAGUAAUUGAGUAAUAGUGGCAGGUGACACUGUGUUUGCCCUUCUAGUGUCCUAUGUCAGGGAGCUCUGUGAAUGGAAAUCCAGGGAAACGGUGGAAAUAGAGCCACAGUGAGAGUGGGUCUGAGCUGGCAGUCAUCCCCUGCAGAACUUUUCACCCUGGGCUUGUUGGGAUCCCAGCUGCUGACUUAAUGAGGCUCCCCAGUGGGAGACUAGUUCUAGAAGCUGUGUGUCCACUGCUGGUUAAGAUCUGUUAUAGUGCCUUGUUUAUUUACAGUGCCCUUAGUGGCCUCUAAUCCUCCGCGGUGCUAUGAGAAGAGCAUAGGAAGUAGGGGUGAAAUGGGCCAGGGUCAGGGUGCACCACGGGUGGUGGUGAGGUCACUGUCCAGGUCUGGGACACAGCUAUUGUGGGAGGAGGACAUGGACAGACACUCUACCACAUCAGGGAACUUGAAUACUGUCUUUGGGUGUGAUGAUGAAGAGACUGUCACCCAGGGGAUUUCGGCUUCCUCUGUGGGUUCUGGAAAGCUUGCUGGAAACAGACUCAAAACGCGAGGUCUUCAAGGAUGUCUGCCGCCACCAUGCCUGACCCAUUUGGCUGCAGCCUCGUGUGUGCUGGUCUGGUGUGGACGGUGGAAGUGUGAUUCUGCUGAAUGUCAGGCCUCUCGCAGUCUCCAAGGCACCAUGAAUGCCAUCGUGGCUCUCUGCCACUUCUGUGAGCUCCACGGCCCCCGCACUCUCUUCUGCACGGAGGUCCUGCACGCCCCACUUCCCCAAGGGGCUGGGAAUGAGGACAGUCCUGGCCAGGGCGAGCAGGCAGAGGAAGAGGAAGGCGGCAUUCAGAUGAGCAGUCGGAUGCGUGCACACAGCCCCGCAGAGGGGGCCAGCGUUGAGUCCAGCAGCCCAGGGCCCAAAAAGUCGGACAUGUGCGAGGGCUGCCGGUCACUUGCUGCAGGGCACCCGGGGUAUAUCAGCCACGAUAAAGAGACCUCCAUUAAAUACGUCAGCCACCAGCACCCCAGCCACCCCCAGCUCUUCAGCAUCGUCCGCCAGGCCUGUGUCCGGAGCCUGAGCUGUGAGGUCUGCCCUGGCCGCGAAGGCCCCAUCUUCUUCGGAGAUGAGCAGCACGGCUUUGUGUUCAGCCACACUUUCUUCAUCAAGGACAGCCUGGCCAGGGGCUUCCAGCGCUGGUACAGCAUCAUCACCAUCAUGAUGGACCGGAUCUACCUCAUCAACUCCUGGCCCUUCCUGCUGGGGAAGGUCCGGGGAAUCAUCGAUGAGCUCCAGGGCAAGGCGCUCAAGGUGUUUGAGGCAGAGCAGUUUGGAUGCCCACAGCGUGCUCAGAGGAUGAACACAGCCUUCACGCCAUUCCUACACCAGAGGAACGGCAAUGCCGCCCGCUCGCUGACAUCGCUGACAAGUGAUGACAACUUGUGGGCGUGCCUGCACACCUCCUUUGCCUGGCUCCUGAAGGCGUGUGGCAGCCGGCUGACCGAGAAGCUCCUGGAAGGUGCUCCGACCGAGGACACCUUGGUCCAGAUGGAGAAGCUCGCUGAUUUAGAAGAGGAAUCAGAAAGCUGGGACAACUCUGAGGCUGAAGAGGAAGAGAAAGCCCCUGUGUUGACGGAGGGUGUAGAAGGGCGGGAGCUGACCCAGGGCCCAGCAGAGUCCUCCUCUCUCUCAGGCUGUGGGAGCUGGCAGCCCCGGAAGCUGCCAGUCUUCAAGUCCCUCCGGCACAUGAGGCAGGUCCUGGGUGCCCCGUCUUUCCGCAUGCUGGCCUGGCACGUUCUCAUGGGGAACCAGGUGAUCUGGAAAAGCGGAGACGUGGACCUCGUCCAGUCAGCUUUUGAAGUGCUUCGGACUAUGCUGCCCGUGGGCUGCGUCCGCAUCAUCCCGUACAGCAGCCAGUACGAGGAGGCCUAUCGGUGCAACUUCCUGGGGCUCAGCCCACACGUGCAGAUCCCCCCCCACGUGCUCUCCUCAGAGUUUGCCGUCAUCGUGGAGGUCCAUGCAGCCGCACGUUCCACCCUCCACCCUGUGGGGUGUGAGGAUGACCAGUCUCUCAGCAAAUACGAGUUUGUGGUGACCAGCGGGAGUCCUGUAGCUGCAGACCGAGUCGGCCCCACCAUCCUGAAUAAGAUUGAAGCGGCUCUGACCAACCAAAACCUGUCUGUGGAUGUGGUGGACCAGUGCCUCGUGUGCCUCAAGGAGGAGUGGAUGAACAAAGUGAAGGUGCUUUUUAAGUUCACCAAGGUGGACAGUCGACCCAAAGAGGACACACAGAAGCUGCUGAGCAUCCUGGGUGCGUCCGAGGAGGACAACGUCAAGCUGCUGAAGUUCUGGAUGACUGGCCUGAGCAAGACCUACAAGUCACACCUCAUGUCCACGGUCCGCAGCCCCACGGCUUCGGAGUCUCGGAACUGACCCGCCCCACACACCUGCCCGAAGACGGGGAUGGCUGUCCGCAGACUCCUCCAGCCCCGCGAGAGGAACUGUCCCUUGAGUUUCUGAACUGCUGGGAGGAGCUGUGUCCCAGUAAGGAAGGGAAACCGUCCGGGCUUGGCUCGGCCCUCUGUCAGGUUUGGGGCCUGUGUGCUUCCCACACCCUCCCUCAAGCCGUUGGAAUCGCUGAAGAUGGCAGUGAAAGGCGGAGGGAUGGUGGACUCUGUGUUCAAACCCCUUGGAGAGACGCUUAGGAGGACAGCUUGUCUCUCAGGCCCCUUGUGGACUUAGAUCUCAAAACCCACAGGAGAAACAGGUCCAACUCGGCAUGCAGUCGCAAUAACAUAUCCUCUCCCGAGGUUAACAUUCAAGCGUUUCUAUUUUGAAAUUCAGCAAGAGUUUCUGGGCCUCAUGUUUGAGUGUACAUUUUGCUGCGUUGUGAAUAUUCAGCACAUUGCCAGCUCUUGGUCACUGAGUGAUUGAGUUAGGGCUCCGCGAGAGACUUUGGGGAGUGAAGUGGACCUGUUCCGCAUCUUCCGGUCCUCUGAAAUGUGUGUUCUGAAGCCAUGGGCUCAUCUUCUGGGGUGUUCCCCUGCAGGUACUGGUGAAGGUAACCUGGGGCUUAACAAUGGAGCCCCUGAUGGUUUAUUUUGCUCCACAUAGGUUGCUGAGGGGUCAGAGCAAGCAUCUGACUUGUGCAGUCCCCUGGAUAUGGUGAGGCCCACCAUGCUUUUAUUCUGUAUCGCUUUUGUCUUUAUUGUGGCUUUCAACAUUUACAUUUGGCUACCAAUAACUAUUUUCAGAGGGUGGUGAUUGAAAACAAUUUCAUCAUCCCACUGUACUUUUUUGUUUUUGAGACGGAGUUUCACUCUUAUUGCCCAGACUGGAGUGCAAUGGCGCAAUCUUGGCUCACUG